AUGUCCUCUGCCUUUACUGCAAGGGAUUUGAAUCAUUUUGAUUAUGUUAUUAUUGGAGGUGGGAUUGCUGGUGUUGUGUGUGCUGAAACAUUAUGCGAACUCUUAAAUCCAAGCAGGUUUUCUGGGGCUCUCCAGUCAUCGUCGGGUCAUCUAAACUAUGCAUCUAAACGUGUAGCAUUGAUAUCUGCUUCUCAAACUGUGAAAACUACAAUCAAUCUGCGUCGAAUAAGCAAUAUGAUCGAAACUUUUGAUAUUGAGGAGAAAUCUGGUAGUUCAUGGUCCGAAACAUGGCCCGACACGUUAACCGUAAUCUGUGAUACAAUGAUAAAACUAGAUCCUUCUAGUCAUACUGUUUAUUUACAACAACGUGGUUAUGAGAGUCCGAUUUUUUAUGACAAAUUAUGUCUAACAACUGGCGGUGUUCCGCGGCUUAUUGAUCCGAGGCACCCAUAUGUUAUUGGUCUAAGGGAUACAGAGAGCAUCAAAAACUUUCAACACCGUCUACUGGGACUUCCAAUGAGUUCAGACAACGUUGUUACUUCAGUACUCCCAGAUUCAUAUUCACUAGCUCGAAGACACUUACAGUUGAGUCGAGCAAAGCUCAAAGCCACUAGUCGAGUGUCUGCGUUGCUGGCAGGUUUCGCUAUGGUUGCAAUCAUUGAAUUGCAGGUUGCUGUUGGCGAAAGUAAACCACCUGAAGGAUUAUUGUUUGCUUUCACGAUUCUUUCAUGUCUUCUGGUUGUCGUGCAUAUAAUGGCUGUAAUGAUAAGUACUUGUAUUUUGCCACAUAUUGACUCAUACAUGGUCCCUCAAGACUGUUAUUUGAUUGAGGAAGCACCACACAACAGAUUAAGAACAUUUGUUGAAGUUGCAUGGAUUUGCAGUACUGUGGUUGGCAUCAUUUUAUUCUUAGCUGUGGUAACUUUAGCAUUUUGGGUUAAAUUUUGGUCUGUGAGUAGCCUGUCUGCCAUAGCCGCAACAAUUGUUUUGAUGCCAGCCAUGCUCAUUUUCGUCAUUUUCGCUAUAUUAUUUUAUCGUGCGCUCACUACCUACAAAGUGGAACGAGCUACGGAAAUGAUACGUAAUAUUGAUAUGCGCAUGUCCUUUCUUAGAAGUGGAGUUCAGAAGAUAUAUGACGAAGAUAACAGGAAACAACAUGUUUGA